UCGAGACACAACUCAAUUGCAGAGCGAAGGCGUGCCCAGUGUCUUUGUUAUCUGUUGAUACACUUUAAAAACUCGUACCAUACCACUUAGAGGAACCAUGGUCUUUGAGGUUAUCACGGCGACCCGGUAUGACGACCCGUUGGCCUUCCUUAUCGUGCCAUUUGUGGAUGACUACCUGAAGCCCUUGUAUACGCACCAAACGUUGGAUAACCAUAUCCACGAGCUGGUGGCAUGUAUACUGUUCUACCAUGCGAUCUACCUGUCGUCUUCAGUGCUGGCGCCAAUGGUCUUUGCAGAGACGUUCAGAACCUUGCCAAGGAAGACGCGCAUAGAUUUCAACAUCCAUGUUGUGUCGAUGAUUCAGUCCGUGUUGAUCCUGUUCCUGAUCAUUCCCUUGUUUACGGACCCUGUUUUGGUGAACGAUAGGGUCUUUGGAUACACGCCCUACUGUGGGUUCGUCACCACUGCGGCGCUGGGAUAUUUCAUCUGGGAUGCGAUUAUUUCCCUUGUGUAUGUUAACUAUUUCGGCGUGAGCUUCCUUGUCCAUGGAGUCGUGAGUGCCUGUGUCUUCUACAUUGGAUUGGGGCCAUUCAUUGCGUACUACUCUGGUAUCUUCAUCCUGUUUGAACUGUCGACUCCGUUCUUGAACCUCAGAUGGUUUGGGUUGAAAUUCCCUCAGGUCUUCCCAUCAUGGUUCCAGCUCGUCAACAACGCCGUCUUGAUCCUCAUCUUCUUCUUCGUGAGAAUCUGCUACGGUUGGUACCAGGCUGCGAUGCUCUUUGGUGACUUCUACGACGAAUAUCAGGACCCUCGCUUCAACACCAUUGGUGCUAUAGUGAUCUUUACGGGUAACAUGAUCUUAAACGUGUUGAACUUGUACUGGUUCUAUAGAAUGGUAAAAGUGGCAUAUGCCAUCCUUGCGGAUAUGUUCACGGGUUCUAAUGAGCGUGACGAGGCAAAGAAGGACAUUUAAAAGCGCUGUAUGUCUGUUACAUAUAACCUAAACCGAACCAAUCAGGGAACCAUUACAUAGUUAUAUUAUCAUAGACUCCUCAUCUAUACGGUUUAUCAAAUGAAUCCUUAUUCAUAGCUGCCAAAUG